AUGGCUGAUGCAACAGGCGAAGAUGGUGACAUACGUUUGGAAGAGGAUGAUAUCCUCGACGGCGCCAGCGAUUUGGCUGCUUCAGGUGAUCACAUGAGCGAGGAUCCGGAUAUGGAAGCGUUGACAAAUCGCAUGAAAGAAAUAGAAGAGGAAGCGCAGUUAAUUCGUCAAAUGCAAACUGAUGUCGAAAAACAUAUGAACAUGAGCUCAAGCAGCUCACUUACACUAUCUCCAGCUGCAACAAUGGAAGAGAAAGUUGAAGCCGAUAGCAGAUCUAUAUAUGUUGGCAAUGUCGACUAUUGCUCAACUGCAGAGGAACUGGAAGCUCAUUUCCAUGGAUGUGGCUCAGUUAAUAGAGUAACUAUUCUUACUGACAAAUAUACCGGACAUCCCAAAGGAUUCGCUUAUAUUGAAUUUGCUGAUAAGGAAUCUGUACAAACGGCUAUGGCGCUUGAUGAUUCCCUUUUCCGUGGACGCCAAAUUAAGGUAUGUCCAAAGCGAACAAACAAGCCUGGAGUGAGCACAACAAAUCGACCACCUCGUGCGCGUGGUCGUGGCGGUGCUCGUAUGAUCGUCAAAUAUAUUUAUGGUGGUGGCUAUAGAGGCGCUAGAUCCCGUCCGCCAAGGUGGCGACGUGGUGCUGUAUUCUAA